CACACGCAAAGGGUCUUUCAGAAAACCCCAAAGAAAAUCAAAAGCUACUUCUUUUGCAGUGAGAACCGUGGAUGUAGAUGCUUUGCAAGCCAGAUUUAGAGACUCCAACGAUAAAAGCUAUGCUUGACACUUACCAUACCUCCAAACUCUGUUCGAACCAGUGUGGUUCUAGCCUUGUGCAAACAAUUGACGCACCUUUACCUCUGGUAUGGUCCCUUAUCAGGCGCUUUGAGAACCCACAAGGCUACAAACUUUUUGUGAAGAAGUGCACCAUGGUUGCCGGAGAUGGUGGCAUUGGAAGUGUACGUGAGGUGAUGGUCACAUCCGGGUUACCGGCUGGUGUCAGUGUGGAGAGGUUAGACAAGCUUGAUGAUGACAAACAUGUGUUAAAGUUUAGCAUCAUUGGCGGUGAUCACAGGCUUGUGAAUUACAGUUCCACGAUUAGUUUGCAUGAAGAAGAAGAGAAAUAUGGGGGGAAGACGGUGGCGAUUGAGUCGUACGUGGUUGAUGUUCCGGCAGGAAGUAGUGAUGAAGACACCUGCUGCUUUGCCAAUACCAUCAUAGCUUGCAAUCUUAGAUCCUUGGCUAAGAUCACAGAACAAAUGGUUCGAAAGGCUAAGUAAAUUAAGUCCGUAGCUACCUCCCUUAGUUUCUCUUCAGAUUAUUACCUUUAUUUGUUGUGUUGUUAUGUUGAGUGUUGUUGUUAAUGAUGUUAGUCUAUUUAUGGAUUUAUCAGUUCUUAUGUA